GCUUCGAUAGUGGCUUCCCAAGGGCCGGUGACGGCACAGUUAAACAUGAAGGUCCUUCAGAGUUACCAAAACGGUAUCAUCCAGAGGCCUGCGAAAGACUGCAAUCCGAACUACUUGGACCACGUUGGGCUCAUUGUGGGCUUUAAUGAAGGCAAAUCCCGACGUGGAUCCCGAACUGGACCGUAUUGGGUUAUCCAGAACUCGUGGGGAGAGCACUGGGGAGAAAAGGGGUAUUUUCGCCUGCACCGCGGCACCAACGCCUGUGGCAUUGCCAUGUAUGCUGCGACGGCAACCGUCGAGGAUUCGGCAACAAAGAAACCCAUGAGCUGCCCUGCUAUUUGAAAGCACAUCUCACUGCCGUAUCUUAAACCCAGGCUUUUUAAGUGUGCCUUUUCAGCUCUAUGAGGCUCAAUUCCGAAAUUCAUAGAGAUUGAUUUCCAAACUAGUAGAACCCAAAAGAUGUUACCUCUCCACAUCCGCUGUCACUUUCUAGCCAUGCUUUCUAUUAGCUUUGCAUCAGCAAAAUAUUAAUGUCCUUUUGGUGGGACUCAUAUGGCUCUCCAGUUAUUGUAUCGCAAGUCCCAGAAACACUGGCCAGCUUAGCCAAAGAUGAGGGAUGCUGGGAGCUGCAGUCCAACACCAUGUUGUUAGGAACCCCCAAAUUUGGUCCCAUCCGAAGGUCCGGUCUCAAGAGGCAAACAGACAAACAGCCAGUCUCAGGAGUAGAACAAAAACAAGGUUUAUUUCGUCAUGAUCAUGAUGAGACGGCCAGCCAUACCAAACACGCAGGUCUUGGUACUUUCAAGAGGCUGCUGCACCCAGUGUCUCUCAGACUCGCAUUAUAUAGAUAAGACUCUUUGGCACUGCAGCAAAAGUUAUUCAAUUACAAACUACCAUCUAGGUUAGUGGUUCUCAACCUUCCUAAUGCCGUGACCCCUUAAUACAGUUCCUUAUGUUGUGGUGACCCCCAACCAUAACAUUAUUUUCUUUGCUACUUCACAACUGUAAUUUUGCUGCUGUUAUGAAUCAUCUUGUAAAUAUCCGAUAUGCAGGAUGUAUUUUCAUUCAUUUGGA